AGCAUUUAGUUUAUUCAAAAUGGCAGCGUCCAUGUGAUACAAGUUUUGACACAUUGACUUCAGUGACUUGAUUUAUAACGGAGUGUGUGUGCAUUAGGCCUAGUAAUAAUGGAAAACUUUUAAGUUCCAUUACUGUGAUUAGAGAUUACAAGAAUUGGUGCCAGCAUCAUCAGAUAUUUCAGAGUAAACACACAUGUAGAUUGUGAUCAGGAUGUUGGAACCCGACUCUGAUGAAACAGAGGCUUUGAUGAAAAAGCUUCUACUGCAAUCGGGAUUGCAGGAGGGAGAUGUUGAUCCUAAUAAAAAAGUCCCUUGGACCACAGUAGUUCCAAAACCAGGUUUCUGUCUAAAAACAAAGAAAGAAAAUGGUGAAAAAGUUUUUAUCAAUGUUUGCCAUGCAGAGAAUGUUCCUCAGCCAAGGGACAUUACUGAGGAAGAUCUGCUGAAGUUGUUGGAGUCGGAUGAUCCCUUUGGAUUCCGAGUUCCAAUGAGUAUUGGUGAACCUCAUGCUGAGAUUGAUAAAAGUGGACAGGGUUGUACGGCCUAUGAUGUCGUGAUCCAUCCAGGUUUUUAUGAGAAAAUGAAGGACAGCGAGGUGUUCCGAGCUUUCUUCCUGUCCGUUACCUUGGAGGGUCUGGAGGAAAAGUACUCCAUCGCUCUGUCCAGAGACUGGGUGAUUCUUAAGAACAGGAAGUGUAUUGGGCGACUUCAGGAACAGAAUGUUAGGACACAGUCCAAACCUGUCAUCAUGGAGAUGGGAGAUCAGUCCGGACUUGGGAAACCAUUGAUUCAAGAAAUGGACACACCUAAGCCACUAUCCCAGGAGGAACUCAAAGCCAGAGGCCAGAAGCCGGAUUUCCGGAUUGUACAGGAACCUGCAGAAGGACACCCAGAAUUCCUUGUGGCUGAGAUCAGUCUUCCACAUGUGAAAAUGGCCAACACACUGACUGUGGAUGUUGGGGAAGAUAGAAUCGUCCUGGAGACGCGGUCCAAUAAGUACUAUUUAGAUGUCUACCUGCCGUUUAUGCUCAUACAGGAGGACUGUGUGGCACAGUUUAACCGCAAAACAAGGAUUCUGACCCUGACAUUACCAGUGCAGGCGGAAGAGUGAACAGGAUAUAAAACAGUAAAUAUGCACGAUGCCGUCCGCAAGUUCCAAGAAUGAUUUCAUUGUCAUCAGAGUUCUGUCCCAAGGAUUAAUGAUCCACUUCACAUCAGAUUGUCAAAUGUGUGGCUUUUGAAUAAACACGCCUGUGACAAAAACUCAUUGAA